CGCUGCUCCCAACCCGGAUGCUGUGCCUUAACAACUAUCGAUAGGUUUCUUUCCCAGUGCGCCAGGCUUUUGGGCACUGGUCGUUUCCGCCGCCCUGCAGCGCAGCUUUCCCCGCCGGGGCUCCGCAGCUGAGCCGGGAGCGCAGGUGGAUCGUGAUCCUCGAGCAGGGGAGGGUUUAAAUCCCCCUCUCGUGGUGGAUCGUGACGAGAGAGAGGGAGAGAUAGAGAUAGAGGGAUAGAUAGCAAAAGGGAGGAGGACGGACAGCCCGGUUAGAGGAGCGCCAGCCCCGCGGAGAGAGAUGGCGGAGUGCGGGCGCAGGGCGCUGUCUCUGCUGGAGGCGGCCCGCUCCCGCUACGAGAGCCUGCAGAUCUCCGACGACGUGUUCGGGGAGUCCGGGGACGACAGCAGCGACAACCCCUUCUACAGCACCUCCGGGGACUCCGACUCAGACAACUACAUGGCCGAGGCGGGCGAGGAGGAGCGGCAGCUGCUGCAGCAGCAUCACCCCCAUCAGCACCAUCAUCAUCAGCACCAGCAUCAGCACCAGCAGAAGAACAGGGGCGACGGGGACGGAGGGAUCAGCGGGGGGUCCGGCGGGGGCGGAGCGGGGCCGCCCGGCUCUCUGUCCCGCAGCCAGGCCGAGGAGGAGGGCUGGACCGAGGCUCUGCAGGAUGUCACGGUGCCGCCGUUUAAGGAGACGUACGGCCCUGCUCAGAAGUUGCCAGCCACAGCCACAGCCUUGGACUUCUUCCAGCUGUUUGUUCCCGACAACUGCAUCCAGAACAUGGUCACCCAGACAAACAUGUAUGCCAAGAAGUUUCAGGAGCGCUUCGGCUCCGAUGAAGGUUGGCGUCCUGUCACAGCCCAGGAGAUGAAGGCGUUCCUGGGCUUCGUCACCUCCACCAGUGUGCAUCGCUGCGAGUCAGUGCUCAGCAUCUGGAGCUUGGGCUUCUUCAGCAAUCGGAGCAUCGCCUUGAAGAUGAGCCAAUCACGGUUUGAGAAGAUCCUCAAAUACUUCCACAUUGUGGCUUUCCGGCCGUCGCAGGGAAGCAACCAGGGCCUUUACAAGAUCCAGCCCUUCCUGGACUCGCUGCAGCAGUCGUUCAGCUACACCUUCAGACCCUCACAGACACAGGUUCUUCACGAGCCUCUGAUAGAUGAGGAUCCCGUGUUUAUCACCACCUGCACGGAAAGAGAGCUGAGGAAGAGGAAGAAGAGGAAGUUCAGCCUCUGGGUUCGACAGUGCACCUCCACUGGAUUCAUUUGCCAGAUCUACGUCCACCUGAAGGACGGACAGGGCACCGACGGCCUGGCCGCUUUGAAGAACAAACCGCAGCUCCACAGCCUGGUGGCCAAGCAGCUUUGUCAGAGCAUUUCUGGCAAGAAUACCAUCAUCUUCACAGGGCCGUCUAUAACGAGCCUCAGCCUCUUCUCUGAAUUCAGCAAGCAAGAUAUUUAUUGUUGUGGUUUGCUGAGCACCAGGAAGAGCGACUGUACAGGAUUACCACAAAGCAUGCUGGUGUGCGGCUCCACGCCAGCGCAGCGUGGCCUGUCGCGCGUCAUGAUGAAAGGCAGCAUGUCGCUGAUCAGCUGGUACAACAAGGGACACUUCAGGUUUCUCACCAACGCUUAUUCUCCUACGAAACAAGGUUUGAUCAUUAAGAGGAAAAGCGGGGAGAUCCCAUGCCCCCUGGCCGUGGAAGCUUUCGCGGCACACCUCAGCUACAUCUGCAAAUACGACGACAAGUACAGCAAGUACUUCAUCUUCCAUAAGCCCAACAAGACGUGGCAGCAGGUGUUCUGGUUGAGCAUCAGCAUCGCCAUCAACAACGCGUACAUCCUGUACAAGAUGUCCGAUGCCUACACGGUCAAACGCUACAGCCGAGCGCAGUUCGGAGAGAGACUGGUCCGAGAGCUGCUGGACGUCGACGACUGCUCCCCCACACAGUGAGGAGGAGGAGGAGGAGGAAGAAGAGGAGGAGGUUGGAGAAGACAGAAGUGCAGCAAAACCACUCAAACACGAUCUCCAUGCUUUCAUUUACACUCACUCAUGAAGACUCCUCGGUCUGUGUCUGUGUGAUAAUACUGAAGCAGUGCCAAGCCCUAGUCUCUCCCUCAAGUUUUUUUUUUUUGUUCUUGCUCCUGAUGCCCUGUAAAUAUUCACUCACACACUAUUACAUAUUACACAAUAUUCACAAGCCAUGGGACAGUUCACCUGCCUCGGCUGUAUCUGUUAACCAAUCAGAAAACAGGAAACAAAGGAUUUUUCAGCCGGAGAUGAUUCACAAAGCAGAGUUGAAGGACGAAAUGGUGAAGCAAGGAAAUAUAUCACCUCUAAAUGAUGUCAGCUGCAACUUUAAACUUGUAUCAAAGAGUGAAAUGCUAGAAAAUGAGCCUGGGUGAAUCUCCUGUCCAGGGUAAAAGGCUUCAUUGAGCAUUUAUACGCUUCAAAAACACCCUUGACUCCGUAAGAAAAGCUUAUCAAACAGGACACUGCAUGCAUCAAGAAUGUGGAUGUGAUGUUCUCUCGUUCAGUGUGAAAAUGAUAGUGUGCUCCAGGUGAGCCUUGAAAUCUGUGUAUGUAUGUGUUUAGUAAGUGGAGUUCCCGUUUUCUGUGUGUGUGACAUUGAGCUCAAGGAUGUAAAAUGUGUGGCAACUCGUGACCCAAAUGUGUCGCUUAGCCGCAAUCGGUGUUUGCCAGAGGAAGACUGUCAGAUCACAUAAAGCAGCACACACCAACGUGUCGCCAGUGUUGGAAGGGUUUAACUCUAAUACAGCCAAUGAAAGUAAAAAGGUAGCAAUUAAGGCAACAGUUAAUUAUUUUUUUUAAACUCAUGAAAAACCCAACUGCUCAGUUGAAGCAGAUUUUGAUGAGUGUGAACUAUUAAUUUCGUUUAUUAUUAUUUUGCUUAAAGUUUACCCAUCACAAAGCAUUGAUAAUAAAUUAUUUUCUAUCAGCUGUCAAGGAAAAUCCCGUGCUCGUGUACAAUGACAACCCUCGGAUGUUCCCUGAGGUGAGAAAAUAGGUUUUUGCUACUGUCUCUCUACUCACAAACCGUAACUGUAAACUGCAUUACUUAUUGGCAGUAAAAGCUCUCCAAACCCCUCCUGUUUAAUGACAGAUAACUGGUCUUGAGCUUUAAAGAGCUGGAUAUGCACAAAAGCUGCAGUGUUGCUUGGCAACAAGUACAGUCAUGACUAUGGGUUUUGGAUGGUAAUGUGUGACGAGACUCUUCUGAAGGUCUAAGGAGCAGAAAAAGAACCGCAGGUGGUAAAUCAUGAUGAAAAUCACAGGAUUUGAGACUUACACUGAUGUGAAAAAAAAACGUAUUUGAAUAAAACUGCACCUUAUUUCUCAAGUAAUAAUACCUGUGUGUCAGCAUCUUCACAAAAGCCACCUUCUCUUGCUCUGACCCGUCACUGUGCCACUCUGGUGUUCGUGGCCUGGAGAAGGGCUUGUUUGCUUUACUCAACAUGACGCCCAGUCGCCAAAUGAUUUUUCACAAUGGACUUAUGUGGUGAGGAUUUUGAAGUUCUGGUGUGUGCUCUCUCCAUCAGCAUGGCCGUGUGAAUACAUGUGACAAUAAUGCAACUGGAUCUGUUGAGCGAUGCAGCAGGAGGACUUGUGCACUUUUUCCUCCAUCACAGUCUUGCACUUUGAGAUCUGUAAAUUUAGCGACAUGUUUAUUAGAUAAUCCUUUUAGUUUUGGUCAGAAAUAAAAUAAUAUGGCACUGUUCCUAUAGAUCUGUGUGUAUAUAUAUAUAUAUAUAUGUAUAUAUAUAUAUAUAUAUAUAUAUACAUAUACACACAGCAUAUACGAUAAAUGAGAUGGGGGGGUAAACAUGAAAGUACGUCAUUGAUGUUUAAAAUGAAUUAUUCUAACCAAAACAGAAUUUCCAGUGUAGAUGUAGAGCGUGAGCAUGUUCAUGUGUAUUUUGUUUACAAAUUGCAGAGAAUAAGUGUGUAUAUUCACUCUGUAACUGAAACUCAAGAUCGCAAUGUUUUGUUUUCUUUUUUAAAUCUUUUUCACUAAUCCAAAGCAUUCAUGUUGCUGUUGUUAAUCCUCUGUGUGAACCACUGAAUGUUGUCGUGUCUCUCAUGUUCACUUUAAACUAACACCGUCUAUCAUAGGAGGCAUUUGUGUCAUGUCACAUGUUCGUCAUCUCGUGAUUUUAAUACAGUAUUUGAUAUUGACGUAUUUCACAGUUGUCAUGGCAGUUUUUUUUUAUGUUGGCUGCAGAGCACUGUCAACAGGACUAGCAUAGGAGUGUGAGGGCCGUCACACGUUUUUACAAAGGAGUAAAGAAAACGGCUUUGAAACAUAAAUCAUGUUUUUUCUAAUUUCUAAUUGUUUUUUAUAAUUUAAUGAAUAUUUUCAAUUUUCACCUAAAAAGUGGAAAGAAAAAGACUGUUGAGUUAAAGUGUGAACCAUUUCAGGUUUGCUUUCACUUUGCUAGCUUUUUUUUUUUUUGCAACAUUUUAAUUGUUUCUGGUACAAUAAUUGCAACCACAAACAAAAUUCCAGUGGUCGCAUAGAAAAUAUUAAGGGAGAUUCAAAAUUCAGAUAUCUGAUUUUUAUCUGAUGUCAUUCUGGAUCUUGUUUAGAAAAAAAAGAAAGAGACAAAGCUUUACUCUUCAUCAACUUAAGUUUAUUCUUUAAUGCUUGUAUAAUGCUGCCCAUCUGAUAUUACAAAAUCCUGACACACUCUAUAGUAUGUUUGGAAAAGUUAUACUGCUGAAUGUCUGAAAAUAUAACAUUUUUCUGUAUUCUUGUUGCCUUUGCACAUUUCAGUUUAAAAUAUUAUCAAAUGGCAAGUUUCCAAAUUGAAGGAAAUCACCUAGAAAGACCUUUCCUUUCCACCAAACUGACAUACAGCAUUAAAAACGUACAGUAUCCAGGAUGUUCGAUUCCUUUCUACAAUUUUACACUAUCAUAUAACAUUCAUACAAGCAAGAGUCCAUAAUUUUAAAGUCAGAGGAACAGAUUUCUCCACCACAGGAAGCCUUCAUGCAAUCAUUAUUGCCAACGAGACAUGUUGCGGUCAGAGGAAAGGGCAUGGAUGCAAUCUCAGUAAAGCAGCAGGGAUGCUGAAGGAGUGUCAAUACAACUGCAAAGUAAAAUCUAGGACUGCUGAAGCAUGUGUGACUGUCAGGAGCGUCAUAGAAAUGCAGAAAUGAUCCACUUUAAUAAAUGCAGCUAUGUGACACCCAAAAAAUGGCGCAGAGCAAAGACGUGUGGCAACUGCUGAGGUUUUUCUGUUGUGCUUAUAUCACUAAUAUUCACUGAGGAACUCUGCAAAGCUAGGGUUGCUAAGCAACACAGGGAGGGGAAAAAAGGGUCAGUUUUUGAAGUUUUUCCACCGAGAGGCUUGGCUUUGUGUGGCAUCAAAUUCAUCAUUGUCUAGCAGAGAGGAUGCUCCAUCGUGAUACUGUUAUUAUGUUUAUUAAAGGGCAAUGUUAUGUUGCAGACAUUGUGAAUAGAUAAAUAACUAAAUAAAAACAAGUUAUUUAAACUCUCAGGCUGAGCUCCAGCAUGAUGUGAUUGAAACCUGGUGCAGUUAUGCAGUUCUGUCGAUCCUGUCCAUCGGUACGAGUCAGAUGGUUCAACAGUGCCUUUUCUGCUCAUUUGUUCCAUCCAUCGCCAUAUUUCAGAACGGUCCAUGUCCUGGAGUUUACUUAAUGUAGGUGACUAGAAUAGUUUAGACUGAUUACAACAAUAAAGGUGAAAAAUACCUGCCCUGCAUGUUCUGAAUAAUAUACUAGAGAAAUAAAUCUUCACUUCCAUGAAAACGUUUUUAAUGAAAAUGCUUUAUGCUGCCAUAUUUCCUCUUUCCACUGAUGUACUGACUCCGUUUAAGUACUAUUUCUCUGGAAAUCAAUACUGCAUCCAUUCCUGUAAGGUUUUUUAAUGUUUCAAAGACAUUAAGAGGCCUGGAUAGACUUACUUGUAUAGUGAGUGACUUGAGAAACCAAACUCCCUAUGAUAUGCUUCAUUUUGCUUUUAUUGGUAUGUAGAAACUUGUUCAGCUGACCCCCCCCAACAAAGUUUUGUCUCCUUUGACAAGUAGCAGAGCUACUCUUUACUGUCAACUAAUGCUAUUUUUUUCUUUAUUGUAAAUGGGACAAAGCAAGAUGCAAGACAAAUAUCUGUGUUUAGUACAGUUAUCUGGCUGCCAGAAACGGAUGCCAUGAAUUAGACUGAUUCACUGAUUCAGUUGUUCUGUGAUGAUUGAAAUGCAGUUGUGUAAAAGGUGGUGUGUGCGUGUGGUGUGCUCUGUGGUGUGCCGUCUCUGUGCAGUGCUUGACAAAUGUUUGUCAGGAUGAGUGCUACAGUUGUUCCAUCAACUAUUAGCUCUUGACGUGUUAAAAUCUGAACAUCUAUUACCUCAGGGCUUCAUAAAGAUCUCCUGUUGAUUGUAUUCAUGAAUGGAAAUAUCAAUCUGAAGUCAUCUCUUCAAUCAGGUGCUGUUGUACCAAUGUAUGCAGGAGCAUAGAAUUAGAUAUUUUAUUGUCAUUUGGCACUCAUAAAUAAUAAGUAAAGAAUGCAAUACUGAAAAUGUCAUCAAGUUUUACCAGAUAAAGUGUCAAACUUCGAAAGGUGGAAAGGUUUAUCAUUUCAUGUGGAUUGACUGUGGGCCAAAGUGUGACCCAGCUUCACAAGGGGGACCAGAAGCAUUUGUGUAUAUGUGCAUGUAGUGUUAAAAUAUGGUGAAAUACUGGCUCAAGUAACUGUUUGGUGAUGACUUGUACGAGGCUGCUGUGUAAAUGUGUUGUCAUUAAA